AUGUCUGCCUCUGAUGUCGAUGUUGCCCCACCCGCGCAUAAAUCGUCCUCUCACGGCCGUCCGUUACGGAAACGUGCGCGCUCAGCCGUUGAAGCUGAAGCAGCAUUGCGGAAGAAACAAUGCACUUUAGCACCUACUGCUGCGAAUAUAAAUCCACUACACACUCCUUCUCCAUCACAUUCGGAACCUUAUCUACGAAGUCCGAGGAAGUCACAACGUCUGAGGGAUAGGCCGGUCGCAGCGGCGGCGGCGACAGAGGGUGAGGUCGAGGCACAUUCAGCUUCAUAUCAACCUGAUGCUCGCUCCAUUGGAAAUAGAACUGCUGCGCUUGUGAACCCUAGCCACAAUGUGCCAAUUCUAUCGCCGCCUAUAUCUUCGUCCUCGCUAUAUGUAGCAGCGCUCGACUUGGACGCUGUUGCAGACGUGAGCAAGCCCACGACCAGAUCCCAGACCAGCUUGAAGCGGACGAGGACUCCAAGUCCAAGGAAGACUCUGCGCGAUUUGAGUAUGCUAAAUAAGCCUAUCGAAUAUGUUUCUAGCCGCAGCCGCCUACCAUUAAAGACCUCUCUACACUGGCAGGCUUUAGGCAGCAUUUAUCGCGAUAAGGAUAUGAUUGAUCAUGAUGCCGAUCGCAAAGGAGUCGAGCUUAAAUACGAGACUUUGCUUGAGAUCCACGCAGAGGCUCAACAAUGUGCGGACAGCGGGUCACACGAGGCACAGUGGAACACCAAAACGAGCUUCUCGCACACGGAAGACGAGACGAGCUUCUCGCACACGGAAGACGAGACGAGCUUCUCGCAUACGAAAGACGAGACGGGCUUCUCGCACACGGAAGACGAGACGAGCUUCUCGCAUACGAAAGACGAGACGGGCUUCUCGCACACGGAAGACGAGACGAGCUUCUCACACACCGAAAACGAGCAUACGGUUCCAGCUAGAGAAAGCUGA